GGCAUCCUGCUCAUCCAUGUCUCAUCUUCUGGCUGGAUUCACAGGUAUCUGGCCAUCCGCUACCCACAGCACUCCAGAGAGCUGCGCACACCUCGAAAUGCACUGGCGGCCACCAGGCUCAUCUGGGUGCUUUGAACUUCUCCGGACCCUACCUCAUCUACUAUCCUCAGUCAGUGCUGGUCAGCCUGACUGUGUGCCACCCUGCAUGGAGCGCGCCGCGCCGCAACGCCGUGGACCUGUGCACCUUUGCACCUGCGGGUGGUGCUGGUGCUGCAGUACUCAACCACACCUGAAGUUUUCCCCUGCAGGUGCUGUUACUCCAUCCAGCCCUUCUGUGAAGCUGCAGAAGAUGACCCUGCGUGUCCUGCUCUGCCUCGCCUUCCUUAGGCUGGGCUUCACACAGCCCUUGGUCCAGGGAAGACAGCCCCAAGUGCCAGCAGUUGCUUGGCCGUCGUUGUCCUUCUUCAACCUCAACUCAUCUCAGGAAGCUCAGGAAGCCAUCCAGAUUCCCUCAAAUGGGAGCAGACCCUUGCUUGUGAAGGCACAUGUAUUUGUGUCAAAUGUGUUUAAUGUGGACAUCCUUCGAUAUACAGUGUCUUCUAUGUUGCUGCUUCGGCUGUCCUGGAUGGACACUCGCCUGGCCUGGAACACAAGUGUGUACUCGCGACGUAUGGUUACAUUGCCCUGGGACUCACUCUGGACGCCGGGACUCACGAUCCAGGAGGCGCUCUGGGUGAACUGGCAGGACCAGAAUCCGAGGGUCCGAGUGGACCAGGAUGGCCACGUCGAGCUCUACCUGGCCCUCACCACAGAGACCAACUGUGACUUUGAGCUCCUCCACUUCCCCAGGGACCAGAGUGACUGCAACUUCAGUUUCUAUGCCUUCAGUAACACUGUGAUGCAGCUGGAGUUCCAGGCCCACGCGGUGAAUGAGAUGGUAAGCGUCAAGAGAGAGUACAUAGUGAAGGAUUUGCAAACCAACAUUGUGCCCCAGCAGCUGGUUCCCUGCUUCCGGGUGACGCUGCGCCUGCAGAACACUGCACUAAAGGCUGUCAUAGCCCUGCUGGUACCCGGGGAGGCGCUGCUGUUGGCGGAUGUGUGCGGGGGGCUGCUGCCUCUCUGGGCCACCGAGCGCAUUGCCUACAAGGUCACCCUGCUGCUGGGCUACCUCGUCUUCCACUCCUCCCUGGUGCAGGCCCUGCCCAGCUCCUCCUCCUGCAACCCACUGCUCAUCCACUACUUCACUGUGCUGCUGCUGCUGCUCUUCGUCAGCACCACGGAGACUGUGCUGCUGGCUGGGCUGCUGGCCCGCAGCAACCGCGGGCUCAAGAGUGGCUCUGGCCUAGCACUGAGAGAGGAGCGGCGAGACCAUGGGGAGGCAGUGUCUCAUCCAGGAGAAGCUUCCAAAGGAGUCAAGGGGCCCAACAGGAGCUGGGUGGAGGCUGCUGACCACAUCUUCUUCCUGGUGUAUGUGGUGGGGGUCGUGUGCAGCCAGUUCAUCUUUGCUGGAAUGUGGAUGUGGGCCACUUGCAAGUCUGGUCCCCCACCCAGUGAGGCUGCACCCCAUGGUGGACAGCCCAGGAUGUGACAAGGCAGAGCUUUUGUCAUAGGCAUGGCAGGAGAGUCAGGGUCUCUGGGGGUUGGCGGGAGGGAGAGCCUACCCCCUUCCUUGAGCCUGGAGGACCCUAGGCCACCCUGAGCUCCAUCUUGGGUUAGCAUGCAGUGCAAAGAAGGUGAAAUAAAUCCAACUAAGCAAG